UUAAUUCGAGGGCUUUUUGCCACUUCGUACCAAAACCCAGAGUGUGAAAAAAACCAGAGCGAUAGAGUUCCGACUACACAAAACAGAAACCCAUUUCCAUGGCGUCCACUUCUCUUUUAGGCUCAGCUACGUCGUCAUUUCACGGCCAGUUCGCUGUCGUCCCAACUCCAUUAUCGGUUCGAAUGCCGUACGGAAGCUUCAGGAAUGGAGGUGGAGUCGUAUCGGUGAAGGCCACGGCGGGGACUGUGCUGGUGGAUAAGUCCGACGCAGAGAAAGUUCAUCGGCUCAAGACCACUUACCUUGAAAAAGUUGUUCCUUUGCUUAAGGAAGAGUUCUCUUACGAGAACAUUCAUGAGGUUCCAAAGAUAGAGAAGAUUGUGGUGAACUGUGGUAUUGGAGAUGCUCAGCAGAAUGCAAAGGGUCUGGAAGCAGCAAUGAAUGAGCUGGCACUCAUUACCGGGCAGAGACCUGUUAAGACACGAGCAAGAGCUUCUAUUGCUACUUUCAAGAUCAGGGAAGGUCAACCACUAGGGAUUGCUGUUACACUCAGAGGAAAUCUCAUGUACUCGUUCCUAGAUCGCCUUAUUAACUUGGGGCUUCCUAGGACAAGGGAUUUCCAAGGUGUGAACCCUAGCAGCUUUGAUGGACAUGGGAACCUCAGUGUUGGAAUUCGCGAACAGAGUGUGUUUCCAGAGAUCAGGCCCGAUAUCAUUGGUAAGCCGAGGGGAAUGGAUGUCUGCAUUACAACAACUGCUGAAACAGACAAAGAAGGGCAGAAACUUUUAGCUCUACUGGGGAUGCCAUUCCGAGAAGGUGGAGGUCCAGCAAGUUUGAUGCGCAAGAAGAAGCUCAGGGCACACCAUUUUGAUUCCAAAUCAAAGGGUAGAGUAAGAAGAUAAGGGGUUGGACUGUUGGUAGAAUCAAAUCUCCUCGACAUAUUUGGCUUUGUGUUGCAUUUUUUGGAGUUAUGCUUUCUGUUGUAUCUUAUUGGUAGGAAAUUGGAUUUUUAUGUUGAUGUGUAAAUCGCAAUUUUUUGCUUCUUUCACGAGAUUUGUUGCCUAUUUAUUCUGAAUUCUUCCUUGUAAUUGUGUUUAUCUUUUUUCUUAAUGUCUGAGCCUAACACAUAAUAACCAUUUUCCUAUAAUUUGUUGAA